AUGGCAAGUGAGGAAGGAGUUCCUGUAGAACUGUAUAUCUACGACCUGAGCCAUGGACUUGCAUCGAUACUAUCCCCAGCUAUAAUAGGUCAACAGGUCGAGGGUGUGUGGCACACGUCGAUAGUGGUGUACGAGCGCGAGUACUUCUACGGCGGCGGCGGCGUCACCAGCUGCGCUCCGGGCGGCACGCAGCUGGGCGCGCCGCAGCAGGUGGAGCGGCUCGGCACCACGUACGUGCCCUUCCCGGUCUUCAAUGAGUACAUACAAGGACUCGCCACAUCCACUUACACCGGCGCGGCGUACCACCUGCUGGAGCACAACUGCAACCACUUCAGCGACGCCGUGGCGGAGUUCCUGUGCGGCGCGCGCGUGCCCAAGCACGUGGCCGCGCAGCCGGACGCGCUGCCGCCGCCGCUGCGCCGCGCGCUGGCCGCGCUGCUGGCGCGCCUCGUGCCCGACGGCGACCAGGUGUACGCGCGCGGCGUGCGCCACAGCCGCCGCGACAGCCCCGACUUCCUCACGCUCAACCACCAGGUGGAGGAGGCCAGAUGCGACGCCAGCCCGCCCGGCGCGAGCGCGGGCGGCGUCGCGCUGGCGGCGCUGGCGCGGCUGGCGGCGCUGUGGCGCGCCCUGCGCCGCGCCGCGCCCGCGCCCGCUCCCGGCCCGCACUCGCGCCCCUUC